GUCUUCCGGUAGCCGUGUGCGCCUCCACGCUGCUGCCGCUCGGCUGCAGGGCGGCACUGGCGCCGUGUGAACUCACACAAACUAUACACGAACCGGCACAUCCCGCCUCUCCAUUGGAGCACACGGCGGCAAGUCAGCGGCGUCCGCAGCUUCCCAUUCGCUACGAAGAAGCUGACAUGGACCACAUUAAAGAUGGAUGGUUUACGGAAAAAUGCACGUUAUGGCCCGGUCAAGCCAUGAGCCUCCAGGUGGAAGAGGUCCUCUACAACAAGAAAUCCAAAUUUCAAGAUGUUAUGGUUUUCAAGAGUAAAACCUAUGGGAAUGUCUUGGUGCUGGAUGGAGUGAUCCAGUGCACGGAGAGGGAUGAGUUUGCCUAUCAAGAGAUGAUUGCUAACCUUCCCCUGUGCAGCCAUCCUUCACCCAAGAAGGUGCUGAUUAUUGGCGGCGGAGACGGUGGCGUGCUAAGGGAGGUGGUGAAGAAUGCGCUGGUGGAGUCGGUGGUUCUUUGUGAGAUCGAUGAGGACGUCAUUAAUGUAUCAAAGAAGUACCUCCCAGGGAUGGCCAAAGGGUUUUUCAGUCCCAAGCUCACCUUACACGUUGGAGACGGCUUUGAAUUCAUGAAGCAGAACCAGGAUGCCUUCGACGUCAUUAUAACCGAUUCCUCAGACCCCGUUGGACCUGCUGAGAGUUUGUUCAAGGAGUCGUACUAUCAACUGAUGAAGGCAGCAUUGAGAAAUGGUGGAAUUCUUUGUUCCCAAGGAGAGUGUCAAUGGCUCCAUUUGGAGCUGAUAGAGGAGAUGCAAACCUUCUGCAAGACCCUAUUCCCUGUGGUGGAAUAUGCCUACACCACCAUCCCAACUUAUCCCAGUGGUCAAAUUGGAUUCAUGCUCUGCAGUAAAAAUCCUGAAACAAACUUCAAGGAACCAGUGAAAGCCCUGUCAAAAGAAGAAAUGGGAAAUAUGAACCUUAAAUAUUACAACCCUGAAAUUCACAAAGCAUCAUUCGUCCUUCCUGAGUUUGCAAGAAAGGUACUCAGUGAAGCAUGACGAGCACCAACGGACCACCAUGUUCAUCCAUUACCUGGCCUUCAGACCACAGAUAAACAACCCUGUUCUACGGCUUCUUCACAUACUCCCUGCAGUUCGGCACCACUGAAGAGACAAGCCUCCUGAAGAUUUUACUGGUUGGGGGGCAGCUAAUAAUUGUUGGGUGGGAACUUGCUGAAUUUUACAGAGAAAGUGUUCGUUCCACUGUUUCCUUCCUUCCAGUCUUACAUGCUCUCUGUGUUUAUUUAUUUUUCAGAUGUAUUUGGUUUUUAAUUCGUACUCUGAUCGUCUUAUCGGCAUUUUUGUGAAGAGCGGUUUCAUUUUUACUGUGGGAAGAGCAUCACAAUCAAACCUGACCUCACUCUACAACUGUACUGUUUAUCAGAUUCAUCUAUACAUUAUGCAAUAUAAUACAUACUAUAUAGAGUAUGUGUAUGUAAUGUAUUGCUGUACUUUUACUUGUAAUGUUUAGUAUCAGUUUGUGCUCAUGGGACAAUACAUGAUUCAUGGCUGUAUAUUCAGAAUACUAAUGUGUCCUCUACACAUUAACCCUUUAGUGCCUGAAAGUGGUUGUUUAUUGUUGAAAAUAAAAAAUGUAUCUAUCAUAGUGUACCAGGCAGAUUGUCCAGGAUGAAAAGCUCGAGUGUCUCAAGGAGUUGAGAAAAUUGUCUUUCAAACAUCAUCAACUCAAUUUAAUUGAUUCUCAGCUAUUACCAUCAAUAUGAUAUGGACAACUUAAAUGUUACGGUGUUUAAAAAAUAAAAUAAAAUCAAGUAUAGCAUUGGAGAUUUGCAAUGCAAGAAAUGUCUUUAAAAUGUGAAUUCAUUAUGCAACUAUAAUUUGCUGUCUUGGGUAUCGACUAUCGGUAGUAAACCUGUGCUCUAGUAAGCCUGUAUGCUGAUUCAUUAAAUCAGUAUCGACCUCUUAAGUUACUACCUGUUAAUUGUAAAUCCACGUUUAACCUUUGUUGAGAAAUAGUGUCAUACCUGAACAAUGAAUUUGUGUUUUUAUAAGAACUGUAAUAAAUUGGUAACAUAAAA